ACACACAUUAUAAGUGGUUACAACACAUACAACAUACAUAAUAAUCAAACUCCCCAGCCAACAGGCGGGGCAUGGUGCUAGGGAUUCUCAGAUUGGUUAGGAUGAAGAUAUAUAACCAGAAGGAAUCGCUGGAAAACCCGGGGAAGAUGAAGUGGAACUUUUGAGAAUCUGAGAUAGGAUUAGAAAUCAGAAGGAAGUCGAUCGAUUGUUGGUGAAGGAUGGAUACAGGCUUCUUCUUUGGUUCAACUUCCCUGCCAUUCAAUCUGGUGGCCUAGUAUUCGCCCAUUCUUUUGUGGACUGGAAAUCAAUCAGACUGUUGGAUUGAUGGCCAAGUAUUUAUUUCCUAUUACUUUUUUUUACGUUCAUCUCAUAUAAUAUUUUUUCAACACAUUUUUUACGUUCAUCUUAUAUAUUAUUAUUAUUAUUGUUUGUAAAAUUACAAAUUGAUACUUUUAAUUAAUCUUCAUAAUAAACAUUAAGUUGCUCUAUCUAUCCGCAUGGAUAAUUUAAUUUUAGCUUGUCCCAUAAACACUUCCAUACAACAAUUUUUAGAUAAAACUUUCACAGGUAUUAAUAACACAUUUUUUGGGCUAAACUUUUGUACAAACACGAUUUUAUUACAAAAGUUACCAAAACAAUGAACUAUUGUCAAUUGGGUUUAUAUUUCAAUUUUUAUCAAAUAAUACGAUUGUGCAUAAAUUACCCGCCCAACGGGCGGGUCCGGUGCUAGUGGUAAUUUUUUUUUUCAAAACUAAACUACUCCACCUUGUAUAGAAAUUAAUUAAGCAGUAUUUCAUAAGGAAAAUAUAUAAACAAUUAAUUAAACAGCUAAGCAGAAGAAAAUAAAUAAAAAUUACUGCGUUCUCUGCCUUCCCCGCCGAACAAAUGUACAAGAAUUUUGGUUGGAUUUUGGUGGGCCCGCUCAACAAUAUUCCACCCACUUAAUUCAAGAAUCCCUCGAUUUUUUCAUCAGAAAAUAGAACCCCUCGAUUUCUCCUCCCCAAACAGAGGCUUAAAUAAAGCUCUAAAACCCUUCUGGCCUUCUCCAGUUACUCCGUCCGGCCGGUGAAAUCCAUUUUCCUCUCACAUCUUCACUCCCUCGAUCUACAAGUUGGCUCUCAUUCUUCAGCUGAGGUAACCCGAUACCACUCUCUUUCUCUCACUUUCCUUCUCUCGAUUGAAGAACUAGGCGGAAUGUAGGUUGUGUAGAUUCAAGCGGAGUCUAACCCAGAUCCUUAAGAUAUGAGUACAGCCUAAGAUGGGCUACUCUUUUCCGAGUUCUUUUUUAUUACUGUUCUGGGUUGUUGAGGGUUUUCAUAGUCCCUCGCUUUCUCAGGCUGAAAUUUACAUUUCGAGUAGACUCUUGGGUUAUAGUGCGAGUUGUAGGUGGUCAAAACUACUCAGUUUACUUUCCGCUAAUUGCAUGCAUGCUCUUCGGUCUUUUUCCCUUGCUUUAACAUUCGAUUGGGUUGUCAUUUCUGGGUUCGGAGUCCAUUUCUUGCUUUAUCUUUUCUCAUUACCCAAAGAAAUGAAGCUGGAGAUGUGGAGGGGAACUGAGAAUGAUGGGUUCAAAUUCUGGGUAUGAACUCGUUUAUGUGUAUUACAUUGCGCAGUAGGCUUUGUUUUCUAGACAACUAUAACACCGGGUUCUCUUUAACUAGUCGCCAUUACCAUUUCCGUUUACGUUGCUGAUGCGGGAGCUCCUCGUAUGGUAAUUGGAUAGCUAAUAUACGGUGCAAUGAUCUUAAAAUCUGAUCUUUUUUCAUCCCAUCUCAGCAGGUUCAGUUCAUUGAGAAUGGCUGCAACUGCCACCUCUACUCUGCAAAUUGCAACAGCAAGGUCAUGCAUGCCUUCUCCUCGAAAGCUGGUGAAGGCAGGUGCCGCUGUCCUUGGAACCAGUUCUAAACAGUUGUCGUGGUCUAAGCUUGCAAGUUCUUCAAGUGUUUCGUCAGUACAACCAUUGCAGAGAUCGUUCAUGAAUUCAUCUGUUAGGCUCUGUAAAGUUGCUACAAAGGCUAUGGCUGAAUCUGGUGAUACUAAGCCAGCUCCUGGACUGCCGAUAGAUUUGCGAGGCAAACGGGCAUUCAUUGCGGGCGUGGCUGAUGAUAAUGGGUAUGGUUGGGCUAUCGCAAAAUCUUUGGCUGCUGCUGGUGCUGAAAUACUAGUUGGAACCUGGGUGCCUGCUUUGAACAUCUUUGAGAGCAGCCUGCGACGAGGAAAGUUUGAUGAAUCACGCGUGCUACCUGAUGGCUCAUUGAUGGAGAUUACCAAAGUAUAUCCGUUGGAUGCUGUGUAUGACAAGAUGGAGGAUGUCCCUGAAGAUGUUAAAACAAAUAAGCGUUAUUCAGGAUCUACUAAGUGGACAGUUCAGGAAGUGGCUGAGUCUGUGAAACAGGACUUCGGCAGCAUCGACAUCCUUGUUCACUCACUUGCGAAUGGCCCCGAGGUAACCAAACCUCUUCUGGAGACAUCAAGGAACGGUUACCUUGCAGCACUAUCAGCCUCAAGUUACUCCUAUAUUUCACUAUUGAAGCACUUCCUUCCAAUAAUGAACCAAGGUGGCUCUUCAAUUUCUCUAACGUACAUUGCAUCUGAAAGGAUUAUACCAGGGUAUGGUGGAGGUAUGAGUUCUGCCAAAGCUGCACUUGAGAGUGACACGCGAGUGCUUGCUUUUGAGGCAGGGAGGAAGCGAAAAAUUAGAGUGAACACCAUUUCUGCUGGUCCUCUCAGGAGUCGAGCUGCAAAAGCAAUUGGGUUCAUUGACACGAUGAUCGAUUACUCAUCUGCCAAUGCACCUCUACAGAAGGAACUCUCUGCAGACGAGGUGGGCAAUGCUGCUGCAUUCCUGGUAUCGCCUCUAGCCUCGGCCAUAACUGGUGCUGUGAUAUAUGUCGAUAAUGGCCUGAACGCGAUGGGGGUGGGAGUAGACAGUCCCAUUUUCAAGGACCUUGACAUUCCAAAAGCCGAGCACUAGUACCUAACCAUUCCUCCAAGACAGCCCGGGUUCUUUCAUGCAUUCUGUUUGGUGAAUCUUAACAAUUAGUAUUUGCAUCGGAUCGAUUGAUUGAUGAUGCCGGCAGCCUGGUUUAGUAUGAGAAUUGUAGUUGUAGUUGUGGCCUGUGGGAUUCUACCAUCUAGCUAUAUGCUGAAGGUUUGGUCCUGGUUGCAGAGACUUCUGUGUUUUUCCUUCUUUUUUUGUAUGGUGUGACAACUUUGGCACUCCUUGUUUCUGUAUCUCUUGACAUUUAGAUGGUUCUUAGUGGAAGUGCAGGGCAAGUAAAUGAAGAGGGGCAAAAAAACUAAUAAGCUGCCCCUUAAAUUUCAUAUUUGCCUAGUAUGGGUUGGAUUGAGUUACAGUAAUGAGUUGGGUUUGACUAGAGUAUGUAUGAAUCAAACCGAGUUGUUCUAGUCUAAGUUUAUAUGGUCUCUUUCAAGUGUUAAUUAUUGUGUUGGCAUGCUAGUGUAAAGACUAUUGAAAGAUAAAUUUAACAAAGAUAGUCGAAAUGACUGUCAUUAGUUAUCAUUUCAAGUCUAUUGAUACAUUUUAAAAAAAGCAAAUCAAUGACCAAAUAUAGUAGUAUUCAAACAAAAGAUAAGUAAACAUAUGUGAUUGGCCUUCAUGGUUAGCCAAGGAAUAAAGGUUGGGGGAAAUUGCCAAAAGCUCAAUAAAGCAAAAUCAGAAAC